AUGACAUCUUCAAGUCGAAGGCGUCUAUCUUCUUUUACAACAUAUGAACAACGAAGAAGGCGAAGUUUGCGCUUGGGAAGUUCAGCGUCAUUGAUUUCCUUGCAGGGACGUGCUCAUAGUGACACACUAAGGCGCGAUGUUAACAAUAAUCAACCACCAUACGAGGAAGACUCUGGUGAAAAGCAAUACUUGGUUGGUGCCAUCAUCUAUAAAAUAUGCCAAACCGCCCAAGAAGAAUCGCAGCUAGCCUUGCAUGUGUUCGAGAAACAUCGAGUGCAAGUUCGCCACACGGAACCAGAAAGUCAGGUACUGAAGCGGAUCGAUCGUGAAUAUUCUGCGGUUGCCAUUGGAAAGACAACAUUCAUCAGUAACCUGUUCAUGACGCAGAAGUAUGUGCCGGUUCACUACUCAAGUCAGUUUUUGGGCCAGUUAGAAGGUGAUAUUCGCGACCCUAGUAAGCAACGUUUUCAGGUUCAAUUACAGCUUAGAAGGAAAUAUGUUUCUGUGUAUAAGUAUGAAUAUCAUCCCACAGAAGAGAUUGGUAAAAGUGAAUCGAAAGUUUACCGAUCGUUCACUAGUUUGAAUGUCUUCUGAUAGUUCAGUUUAAAAAUCCUUGGCAAAUUGCAUGUUUGUUUAUGUUUAAUAA